AUGUCGUCGACGCGUCGUUUCCGCCCGUGCCAUCUGUUCCGCAUCAACCCCGUCAACCUGGACACGCUCACCGAAACCUACAACCUCAACUUUUACUUCCAGUACAUGCUCCGCUGGCCCGAGUUCCAGCAGGUCGUCACGGCCCCGGACGCCACCAUCAUGGCCUACGUCAUCGGCAAGACAGAGGGCGAGGGCAACCUGUGGCACGGCCAUGUGUCCGCCGUCACUGUCGCCCCCGAGUAUCGCCGCCUCGGCCUCGCCUCCAAGCUCAUGACCUUUACAGAGACACUCUCCCAGGAUACAUACAACGCCUUCUUCGUCGACUUGUUUGUCAGAAAAUCAAACUCUUUGGCGAUUGCGAUGUACAAACAGAUGGGUUAUAUCGUUUAUCGAACCAUUUUGAAUUACUAUGGCGGCAGCGAAGACGCCUAUGAUAUGAGAAAGGCAUUGACCCGCGACCAAGAAAAAAAGUCAAUGAUACCGCUUGCACAUCCUGUCAAGGCACACGAUUUUCUUAUCAGCAUGUGA